CUCCCCAUGCGCCCUCUGGCGUGUAAAAUGAAGUGUCGAAAUUUUUGACGCCCAAAUGGUGGUAUCUGUUUUGUGAGAGGAAUCCGUGAAUUUCGUCGGAUUUAUCGUGUUCACGUAGUGAUUUUCACGCCAAGUCACGCAAAAACACGCGUGCGAGAGUGUUUAGUGCAAUUGUGGUGCGGUGCAGUGUGCGUAGGAACAAGCGGGUGGCAGAGAGACAGCAAAAAUGGGAUGCAACGUUAGCACGUCGUCCAAGGAAGCCGAGGAGCGUUCCCGGAAGAUUGAUCGUGCUCUACGGGCUGAGGGGGAACGUCAGGCAUCGGAAGUCAAGCUAUUGCUCCUAGGUGCUGGUGAAUCGGGGAAGUCGACAAUUGUGAAGCAAAUGAAGAUCAUCCAUGAAUUGGGGUAUACGCAGGAAGAGUGUGAGCAGUAUCGUCCAGUUGUGUACAGCAAUACAAUUCAGAGUCUGAUGGCCAUAAUUCGCGCAAUGGGGCAAUUGCGGAUAGAUUUUGCGGAUCCCAGCAAGACUGAUAUUGCACGGCAAUUCUUUACGUAUGCCUCAGCUGCGGAAGAGGGUGUCCUCACGCCUGAACUUGUGCAGCUGAUGAAGAAAUUGUGGUCUGAUCUGGGGGUGCAGCAAUGCUUUUCGCGAUCACGUGAAUAUCAGCUAAAUGAUUCAGCGGCGUACUACUUGAAUUCCCUCGAUCGCAUAUCGCAGCACAACUAUGUGCCCACGCAGCAGGAUGUCCUGAGGACACGUGUAAAGACCACGGGUAUCGUGGAGACGCAUUUCAGUUUCAAGAACUUGCACUUUAAAAUGUUCGAUGUGGGCGGUCAGCGAUCUGAGCGGAAAAAAUGGAUUCAUUGCUUUGAAGGUGUAACAGCAAUAAUCUUCUGUGUUGCUCUUUCGGGCUAUGAUUUGGUACUGGCUGAGGAUGAAGAAAUGAACAGAAUGAUUGAAUCAAUGAAACUCUUCGAUUCGAUUUGCAAUUCAAAGUGGUUCGUUGAGACAUCAAUAAUUCUCUUCCUCAACAAGAAGGAUCUGUUUGAAGAGAAAAUCACACGAUCACCACUCACAAUUUGCUUCCCAGAAUACACAGGUGCAAAUACGUAUGAAGAGGCUUCGAGUUAUAUUCGCAUGAAGUUUGAGAAUCUCAACAAGAGGAAAGACCAAAAAGAAAUCUAUACACACUUAACAUGUGCAACAGACACCAAUAAUAUCCAAUUUGUCUUUGAUGCCGUCACAGAUGUGAUUAUCAAGAAUAAUCUUAAAGAUUGUGGACUAUUUUAAAGAAAAGGAGAAGAAGUAAAAGAAAUGAAAAGUUAAUCACGAAGAAGUUUAGCUGUCUAUUAAGAAGAUGUGAAUAAAAAAAAGAGAGAAUUUUGAGGAGAAGAGAGAGCUUCACAGAUUCAUAAACACGACUUUUAAUCGAUUUAGGAGAAUACAAUUUAAUUAUUAUUAAAGUAUUUAUUGACAUCGGACCGAUUUUGUUGAAAAUGAUUCACUUUGGGGAGAAAUCUACGCAGAAAAAAGUAUUAUUUGCACAAACUAUAUACAGAGAUUAUUCAUUUUGGGGCAAAAUUUUUUCCUUGAAAUGUAUACUUGCCAGUGAACAUAGAACUUUACAUUCCUUCAGAGCUUUUUUGGGGUUUUUUUUUUGGUUGUUCUUGGAGAGUAUUAACCGGAAGAUUUCUCCACCAAAAAGUGAAUCAUAAUGCUGUAUAAAAUUUUGAAAGAAAAAGUCCGAGCCUCGAUUGAGAAUAAAAAGAAAAAAAAAUAUUUUCCAAAAAAAAAGCAUAAGAUGAAAAUUUAUAUUUAAUGUGUCUUUAGAUGUUGACGUUACGUGAUAAUGUUGUGUCUCUAUUAUUGUUUUUCAAGCAUUAAAGAGAAAACUUGCUACAAACAAAAAAAAACAUACGAAGAGGACAUUGUACAAAAAAAAAUUGAAACGAUUUUAUCAAAUUGAAAUCAUAAUAUUUUUCUGAAGUAAAACACAACCAAUAUAAUAUAUUUUUGUCAGAGAGAUUUUUUAUGGACUGAACGCACAAAGAAUACAAUAUUUUGUUGAGCCGUGAAAGAGAGAAGGCAAGAAAAGGAGUUAUUCUUUCGCCCACGGCUCAGUUUUUUUUCUCCUUCUUCUUCCUAAUGAGAUUACAAUGGGCACAAAAAUAUAAAGAUUUUUAUCUCACCAUUUAAUUAAUAUUUCAAAUCAUUUAAUCCAUAUUUCCCUAAUUUAUUCAUUCAACAAAAGUAAUUUCAUUUGGCAGCUCACACACAGAGAGAGAAGAGAUUUAAGCAAAAAUAAUUAACAUUUUUAUAAAUAGAAAAAAUAUUUUUAGUGGACUUUCUUGCUUCUGGUGCAAUGUUGGUUCAAAUAAAAUAAUUGUGUAUACAUGACCAUCCAAAUGUGCUCUCCAAAAUGGAGCAGAAAGACAAAUAAAUAAGAGAAAUAAUUAUUUUGAUACAAAAUAAAAAAAAAUAAUUCUUCAAUUGAGCACAAUACACUGUGAGCCGGUCUAGGUGUCUGUAAAAUAGUAUUUUUGGAAAAAACUGAACAUAGACAUUUAUUGUAUUUAAAAGAAACGUAAUUUAUGAGAUUUUUUAGAUAAAAAAUUUACAAAUAGUUAGGAAAAUAGAGAAAAAUAUUCUUAGAAUAUGGAUCAUUACAUUUUUUUGGAAGAACAAAUAGGACAAACGUUGUCUUGUAGACAAUAAAGAAAGAAUAAAAAAUCGUAUAACAAACUUAGAAUUUUCCACUGGGAUCACUGGAAGAAGCCAAUAAGAUGCUAAAAAAUUAAAAAAAAAAAAGAUGACGUCAAAAUGUUUCUUUUCCUCAUUUUUUAACCAUUAAAACAUACGCGUAGAUGUUUCAUGAACGAUUUUUAAUGAGAUAUUUUUGAAUUUUUCAUUUUAAGUCAUUUUUUGGGUCUAAAUUAUCAUUUCAAAAAUAACUUGUCAAAACAAUCAAGACUAAUUUAUCGGGAAAUCAUCUUCUAAAUGAAACAAUAGCGCGAAUGUUUCAGAUGUUAAAGCAAAACAAAAAAAAACAUUUAUUGUAUUUUUGGGUAAAUCAUUUCUGACUUUUCCUAGCUGAUCCCAGUGGAACAUGUUAAGGUUGUUUGGCUAUUUCCUAUUAUUUUUUGAUUCUCUACGACAUAACGUUUGUUUCGUAAAUCUAAGGAGAGAGAACAUAAAUCAAUUACUAUUUAACAGACCUUCUUUCACGUAAAAUCAAAGAAAGAAAAUCUACGACUGAAUAUUAAUUUUCCAGAAUUUUUGAUACACAAAGGAAUUUUUUAUACUGGCUUCCAUCAAGAAGAAGAAGACACUUAGAUCGUCUCACAGUUAAUGCAUUUCUUUUUCAUUUAAAAAAUCGCAUUUUAUUCUCUCACGACAAACGCUUGAGAAGCAUUUUUUAUAUUAAUUCCCAAAUGCAUUUUCAUCUUCAUUUUUUUUAACUUAAGAAUCCACUUUUUGUAUGAAUAUAUUUGUCUAACAAUUUUUUUAUGAGAUGACAUUGAAUAUAUUUUCUAAAAAAAAAAGAAGAAAACAUUUAACUAUUUAAAAAAAAAGUCUUUAUUUGACUAAAAGGAAACAAAUGGACAUUUUGAGAGGGAUGCGACAGAGAGAGAGAGAGAGAGAGAGUAUGGAGAAGAGGUUGAAAGAGCUAAUUGCGAAUUAGAAAUUUAUAUUAAUAUUGAAGAUGAGAUAAUAAAUAAAUAAAUUGUAUAUUUAAAAAUUG